UGAGUUUUACAACCAGCCAGAAUCACGUGUGAAUGAGAAAAGCACAUCAUACAGAGAAAUCAUCUAACUGAAAUCAAGACCACAAACAUUAAUUUCCACAAACAAUAAUUAUAUAAGUAUAUACAAUGCCAUUAUUUAAUUUACUCAGCUACAUUCCAAAUUAUUUUUUGUAUUUCUUUGAACGAAUUAAUUAUUGUAAAAGCAUAUAAUUAAAAUGUUACACAAAAGAAGCCUAGUUCAAUUAAAGGCAUAUGAUUUUUUUCUUGUCGGUUCAGAACAUAUAUUAAUAAACAUUAUAUUAAAAACAGUGAAAUUUAUAUAAAAAAAUUAACUUUAGAAAAAAACAGGGCUCUCGAAUUUCUUUUAAGCAUUGAAAGAGUGCCACCUAGCGAUUUAAUUUAUUAGUGUGUAUUGAUCCGGUGUCUGGAUGAUGACAAAAUACGAAGUAAAUAUAGCUGGAAUCUGGAACGGUUUGAAUUCUUUAGCCCGGGAAAAAUGCUGCGGGCCGUUAAGGAGGUCACGCGCAGAAAUACAGUAGUCUUCACGGUCAUUAUAAGCGAGCUGGUUACAAUCAUUUCUGUCGCCACUAACGUUAUAAAAUAUGACCAUACAUAACUUUCAGUGCAAAUUAUUGUGACUGUGAAGCCUUAAAAAUGAAACCCAACGUUUGGAAUAUUAACGAGGUCUUGAAUAUCCCUUCAUCUUCUGGAGGAACAAAAACGGGUAAAGGGCCUGGAAACAAUGACUUCUCCAGACAAACUGAUUCCCAGUUUCUGCUGGGCUCUCAAUUCUGGCCUGAAAAUUCACAGAGCUUUUCUCAGGAUAUGACUGGCCAAAUUGGAGGCUCUCAGAAAAGCUCACAAUCACAGGAGAUGAAGAAAAUGCCGGUGUCAGCCAGUUAUAGUUCCAAGCCAUUUUUGUUUGGUGAUGGCAAAAUCCCAAAUUUCACUGGUAAUAAAGCUGUUGGCAUGUUGGACAGAUUUGAAGAGGAGAAGAGAAACGCCAAAGAAAAAUAUGAAAGAGAAAAUCUCACUCAUAGAAUUCUACAAUUGCAGGAGUCUCUGGAAAGUAUCAGAGAGACGUUGUUAAAUCGCAUCGAGGGAAGUAAUGACAAAACCAGAGAAGUACUAGUGGAGAAAAUGGAUAAUUUUUCCAAAACAAUUGAGGAUUAUUUAAACAGUGUAAGAGAGGGUAUAACAUGUCAUUUUGAGUCUCUGCAGAGCCAAACACAAAAUGGGAUAGAGGAUAGGGAAGCCAAGAUCAGUCUGGCUGCAAAAGAUUUAAACUCAAACUUCCUUAACCUGCAACGGGAUCUGGACCAUCUGAAAGCAGAGCAGAGCAAGGAACAGGGAAUGCUAGGAAAGAUUCUGUCUCAGCUUGGCACUUUGACUGCUAUUCACAGUCCGACAGCAGGACGUGGCUCUGUCAGAAUGAUUGAUAGUGAAGUACAGACAUCUCCUGGACUAUUAGAGAAGUUCAUGUCAGCUGAAAAACAUGAGAGCAGGAUGCUGUGUCCAUUUAAAACACCUAAAGCACAAAACAGGAAUACACAUGUCCUGCCUGUGCGAGGACAGCAGCAGCUCAAGCAAACAGAAGUCAGGUCAGAGUAUUCCAUAACAAGCCCACCUGCUAAUCCUUCAUUCAUUACACCAAUUGAGGACCCUAACAAGGAGUAUUUAGAUAGACCCCUUGUGGAUUUUAAACCAGAAAAGCCUUUGCAUGCAGGUGAAAAUCGGCAGAAACUUUCCUGUGAUGCUUUGCCACCACCAAAGGUCCUCAGAAGACGCCAGAAGGCCCUGAAUUUCAGAGGUAAAAAAAGAGCAUUGGUUCUUCCACAAAGACAGUCGGUGAGACAAAAAGAGGCUCUACAGCUCUCCAACAACAGCCAGCAGAAUGAUGACCUUAGAGGUUUACAAAAAGACACAGCACCUCUGUCUUCUGUUUGUGACAGCUGGUUGAUGACCAACAAGUCUGUUGCAGAGAAUCACCUCAAAUCUGGAAAACUGCAAACCACUGUAGCUCCAGUCAGUAUGUGUGCAGCUGAACAACCACUAAACCCCUUCAGUAUGUGGUCACAGGACACAAACAACUCCCAAAUGAUUGUGGAGUACAAGAUGACCAAGUGGGAAAAAGUGGUGCCUGAACCAGAAGUCAGUGUCAUAACAGGAGAAGGAGGCCUUUGGCAGCUCUUCGACUUUAAUAAUGACUCAGAAUAAAAUGCGAAACUAUUAAUACGUUCAGUCUUGCAUGUGUGAGCUUAGUAAGCGUUAUUGCUUGUAUGGUUUCUAACACCUAUGUUGUGUGUACUUUUAUGUUAUGGUUUAGAGAAUAAUAUUUUAGACAACCUCAGUGCAACAUCAAAAAAGAAAACACAUUUUAAAAAUAUAUUAAAGUUAGAACGUGGCACAAGUUUUGGAAAUUUUUACGCAAUUGUUAAGUAACAUUGUUUAAUACUGCUAAAAGAUACAUAUAUUGUUUACCUCCAUGCAAUACAUAGUUUUUUUGCUAAUAAAAAUAAUAUUUUAGCAUCGA